ACGCGUCUGCCGCCUGCACAGCCGCCCGCUCCCCGCCGCCAGCUGGCUGACGUGGAGGGCCCGAGGCGGCGGCGGCGGCGGCCGGCGUCCGAGGCUCGCGGGCUGCCGGCCCCGGUGAGUGCACACCUGGCGCGCGGCAGGGCUCCCGGAUGUGUCACCUUGUCGCGCUGCAGCGGAGAUGCCCGGGGAGAGGGGCCCUCCACACCCCCUCCGUGGGUGUGUGGAUGGUGUACUAUGGAUGAUUUUGCUCUGGGAAAUGUCACUGUAGCAGAUUAUGCCUUGUUAGAAGAUUGCGCUUAUGUGGAUGAUUGUGUCUUUGCUCCUGACUUUAUGUCCAGUGACUAUGUUCGUGUGACUCAACUUUACUGUGAUGGGGUGGGUAGGCAAUACAAAGAUUAUACCCAAAGUGAGAGAAACUUAGAAUUCGACAUCUGCACAAUGUGGUGUAGUAAGCCUAUUUCUGUCCUGCAAGAUUAUUGUGAUGCCAUUAAAAUACACGUCUUCUGGCCACUUCUGUUUCAACGUCAACACAGUUCUGUACUAUCACGCUUGCACCCCUGUGUGGAGGCCAAUUCUCCUGCUUCUGAGAUAAGUUUGAAGAAAUUACAACAUCUUGAGUUAAUGGAAGAUAUUGUCGAUUUGGCAAAGAAAGUGGUGAAUGAUUCAUUCUUUAUUGGAGGCUUGUUGAGAAUUGGUUAUAAGAUAGAAAAUAAAAUCUUGGCAAUGGAAGAAGCUUUGAAUUGGGUGAAAUACACAGGCGAUGUAACUAUUCUACCUAAAUUAGGAGCAGUGGAUAAUUGUUGGCCUAUGUUAAGUAUUUUCUUUACUGAAUACAAGUAUCACAUAACUAAAGUUGUAACAGAAAACUGCAAUUUGCUUGAAGAAUUUAAAACUCAAAAUUGUGCGGAGUGUAUAGAGCAAGGAGAACUAAUGAAAAUGAAAGGAAAUGAAGAGUUUUCCAAAGAAAGAUUUGAUAUAGCUAUUAUCUAUUACACCAGAGCCAUUGAAUGUAGACCUGAAAAUCACCUUCUUUAUGGUAACCGAGCUCUUUGUUUUCUUCGCACUGGACAGUUCAGAAAUGCACUUGGUGAUGGAAAGAGAGCUAUUAUUCUGAAGAACAAUUGGACAAAGGGUCAUUAUCGUUAUUGUGCUGCCCUUUCUAUGCUGGGGGAAUAUGACUGGGCCCUGCAAGCAAACAUAAAAGCUCAAAAACUCUGUAAAAAUGACCCUGAGGGCAUCAAGGAUCUAAUUCAGCAGCAUGUAAAGUUACAAAAACAAAUAGAAGACCUGCAAGGUCUAACACCAACUAGGAAUCCAAUUAAGGCCUUUUAUGAGAGCAGAGCCUACAUACCUAAUUUAUCAGCACCUGCAUUUAGUACUUCACUUAACUUUGUGGAGACUGAAAGAAAUUCCAGAAAAACUAACCACGAAAUGGCAAACGGUGGUAAUCAGAAUCUAAAGGCGGUAGAUGAAGCUUCGAAGGUAGAUGAUUGCGACUGUCAUCCUGAGUUUCUGCCACCAUCAAGUCAGCCUCCAAAAUAUAAAGGAAAACAAAAAUCCAGAAACAAUGAAUUGGAGAAGUUCAGUUCUGAUUCACAAGGGAGUUUACCAGUAGAUUUGAAAAACAUCUUGGAGAAACAGUUUUCGAAAUCUUCCAGAGCUGCACACCAGGAUUUUGCUAAUAUAAUGAAAAUGCUGAGAAGCUUAAUCCAGGAUGGCUACACGGCUUUGUUGGAGCAGCGCUGCCGCAGUGCCGCACAGGCCUUCACAGAAUUGCUCAAUGGCUUAGAUCCUCAAAAAAUAAAGCAAUUGAACCUGGCCAUGAUUAACUACGUCUUGGUAGUCUAUGGACUUGCCAUUUCACUCCUUGGAAUAGGACAGCCUGAGGAAUUAUCUGAGGCUGAAAACCAGUUCAAGAGGAUGAUUGAGCACUAUCCUAACGAGGGCCUGGACUGCCUGGCCUACUGUGGGAUCGGAAAAGUGUACUUGAAGAAAAACAGAUUUCUGGAAGCUCUUAACCAUUUCGAAAAAGCAAAGACCUUGAUUUGCCGCCUUCCUGGAGUGUUAACUUGGCCCACAAGCAAUGUGGUUAUUGAAGAGACUCAGCCAGGGAAAAUAAAGAUGCUGUUAGAGAAAUUUAUUGAAGAAUGCAGGUUCCCUCCAGUGCCGGAUGCCAUCUGUUGCUAUCAGAAGUGCCGUGGAUAUUCCAAAAUCCAGAUAUACAUAACUGAUCCAGACUUUAAGGGUUUUAUACGAAUCAGCUGUUGCCAGUUCUGUAAAAUAGAAUUUCACAUGAACUGUUGGAAGAAGUUAAAAACAACAACCUUUAAUGAUAAAAUUGACAAGGAUUUUCUACAAGGAAUUUGUCUUACUCCUGACUGUGAAGGAAUCAUUUCAAAGAUUAUCAUCUUCAGCAGUGGUGGUCAAGUUAAAUGUGAAUUUGAACACAAGGUCAUUAAAGAAAAGGUUCCUCCAAGACCUAUUCUGAAACAGAAAUGUUCUAGCCUAGAGAAGCUAAGGCUGAAAGAAGACAAAAAAAUGAAGCGCAAGAUCCAAAAAAAGGAAGCAAAAAAGUUAGCACAAGAGAGGAUGGAAGAGGACCUAAGGGAAAGCAAUCCACCCAAAACUGAGGAGCAGAAAGAAACCAUAGGCAGUGUUCAGAGUUGCCAGUUCCUUGAUGACAGAAUCCUGCAGUGCAUAAAACAGUAUGCUGACAAAAUUAAGUCUGGUAUACUCAAUACUUCCAAGCUUCUCAAAGAGUUGCUUUCCUGGAAGGUUUUAACCACAGAAGACUACACAACCUGCUUUUCUAGCAGAAAUUUUCUGAAUGAAGCAGUGGACUAUGUUAUACGCCAUUUGAUUCAAGAAAAGAACAGAGUAAAGACAAGGGUUUUUCUGCAUGUUUUGAGUGAGCUUAAAGAAGUGGAGCCAAAAUUAGCCGCCUGGAUCCAGAAGCUUAAUAGCUUUGGCUUAGAUGCCACUGGACCUUUUUUUUCUCGUUAUGGGGCCUCUCUGAAGGAGCUUGAUUUCAGCAUCAUGACUUUUCUCUGGAAUGAGAAAUAUGGUCAUAAGCUAGGUUCUAUAGAAGGAAAGAAGCUUGAUUAUUUCUAUGAGCCAACGUCCUUGAAGGAAGCCCGAUGUUUAAUAUGGCUGCUGGAAGAGCACAGAGACAAGUUCCCAGCACUGCACAAUGCCUUGGACGAAUUCUUUGAUAUAAUGGACAGCCGCUGCACUGUGUUAAGGAAACAGGACAGCGGUGACGUGCCAUUUAAUUCUACCAAGAUAAAAAACAAAGGCAAGAAAAAGAAGCCUAAAGAUUCAAAGCCUAUGUUAGUUGGGUCUGGAACAAGCUCAGUAACACCAAAUAAUGAGACCAUCACUUCAGGUGAAGAUAUCAAACGCAAUUCAAAUUCUGCAGGCCCAUUUGUAGUGCCUGACCACCUUCGCCAAGAUGUGGAAGAGUUCGAAGCUCUGUAUGAACAGCACAGUAAUGAAUAUGUUGUCCGGAAUAAGAAGCUGUGGGACAUUAACCCAAAACAAAAGUGUUCAACUCUUUAUGAUUAUUUCUCCCAGUUGUUGGAGGAACAUGGCCCCUUGGACAUGAGUAACAAGAUGUUUUCCGAAGAAUAUGAAUUCUUCCCAGAAGAGACUCGACAGAUACUAGAAAAAGCAGGAGGUUUGAAAUCUUUUCUCCUGGGAUGUCCUCGUUUUGUUGUGAUUGACAACUGUAUUGCACUGAAGAAAGUUGCAUUACGGCUCAAGAAAAAGAGAAAGAAGAAAAACAUUAAGACAAAAGUCGAAGAAAUUUCAAAAACAGGAGAGUACUUACGAGUUAAACUACCGCUGAAUCCAGCUGCUAGGGAAUUUAAACCAGAUGUAAAAUCCAAACCCGUAUCUGAUUUAUCUUCAGCACCAGCUUCUGAGGAUCUGAAGCCCCAACCUACUUGUACUAAUUCUGCCCAACCAGCUUGUGAAGCUGUGAAGCCAAAACCAAUUUCCGAUAAUUCUUCCAGAUCAGUUUCUGAGGAUGCGAAGCCCAAAGGGGUCUCUUCUGAUCCCCCCAAACCAGUCUCUGAGGAGGCAGGUCACAAGCAAGUCUCCAACUGUCCCAAACCAAUUCUUGAGGAUGUGAAACCAACCUAUUGGCCUCAGCCGCAUUUGGUCACAGGAUACUGUACGUAUCUUCCCUUUCGGGGAUUUGACAUUACCCAGACGCCACCUGCGUUUAUAAACGUGUUACCGACCAUGCCCCAGUAUAGCAUUUACACACCUCUGGCCACCGUUUCUUCUGAAUAUCAGCUGCAAAGAUCAAUACCAGUGGUGCCAUCUUUUGUAGCCAGCGACAUAACAGACGUGCGUUUUGAGGGUCACCAUUUCAUUGCCGAGAACGCCCCUGGUCCCCAGAUUGUCCCUGAAACACAGAUCCUUCAGGACUCUUCGGAAAUACCAGUAAAGCCACAGUGCCUCACAGAUGGGGCUGAUACAGCCCCCAGUGAGUCUAACAGAAACGAUGGUCACUGUGGAAAUUCUGCCAAGUGGGAGGAAAAUCCAGAAAAUACUGAUGAAGUAACAGAUACUCCACGUACACAAAUGGUUGCCAUACAGGUGUCUUGGAAUAUAACACAUCAAGAAGUCAAUACUGAGCCAUAUAAUCCUUUUGAGGCACAACAGGGAGAUAUUUCACAGAUUGAAAAGGAGUACCAGGUUUUACAAGAGCAGCUUAAGGAAGCCUGUGAAAACUACGAGCAGAGGAAUAUCGAGGGCUCAGAAGAGACCAAGGACUUGGAAGAAAAGUUGAAAAGGAACAUAGAAGAAAAUAAGAUCUCAAAGACAGAAUUAGAUUGGUUCCUCAAAGACUUGGAAAAGGAAAUUAAUAAAUGGCAACAGGAGAAAAAAGAAAUCCAAGAAAGACUAAAGGCACUGAAGAAGAAAAUGAAAAAGGUUUUAAAUACCAAUGAAACGUAUACCCAGGAAAAUGAUGGAAAGGAGAAGGAACAUGAAUUACUUCUGGAUCAAUCCAUUGAAAUCAGUAACGCAUUCACAGAGGAGAAAAUGAAGAUGGAAGAGUGUAUAAAGAAGCGCAGAGAGCACUAUGAAGAGAGUCUUCAAAGGGCUGUCGAGGCAGAGGUAUCUGUGCUUGAAAACUGGAAGGAGACGGAAGUGUAUAAAUUACAAACCAUGGAGUCACAAGCUGAAGGGUUUCUUAAGAACCUGAAGCUAAUGAGCAGUGAUUCUGCAACGUAUCCUGACACUGAGUCUGACAUACAUUCAUGGGAAUCAUUUCUUUCUGAGGUUAGAAAAGAAAUUGAGAAAGCAGAGUCUCAGUUCGAAGAACAAAUUCAAGCGAUUAAAAAUGGUUCUCGGCUCAGUGACCUUUCUAAAGUGCAGAUUUCUGAGCUUUCAUUUCCUGCUUGUAACACAGUUCAGCCUGCGUUACUUCCUGAGCUGCCAGGCCAUCAUGAUCAAGAUCCCUCCACUUCUACAAGUCAUGAGACCGGAGACCCGACAGCAGUUCUCGAGGAUUCGAGUCUGCUCCCUGCCACCGAUGGCCUGGAGGAGUCUCCCUCCUGCGAGCUGGAAGUCGCCCCUCUGCCCGAGCCUCAGAGCCCUGGCCAGGCGGCUGAGUCAGAGCCAAGCCUUGCCGCUGAUCAGAAGUCACCCGUUGCUGUGGGACGUGCCACCCGUUCAAGCCAGUCUCCAAAAAAGCCGUUCAAUAGUAUCAUCGAGCACCUGUCAGUGGUGUUCCCAUGUUACAACAGCACCGAACUUGCUGGUUUUAUUAAAAAAGUGAGAAACAAAAACAAGAACUCGCUCUCUGGAUUGAGUAUUGACGAAAUUGUCCAAAGAGUGACAGAACACAUUCUAGAUGAAGAGAAGAAGAAAAAGCCAAAUCCAGGAAAGGACCAGAGGCCAGAGCCCAGCUGUGCCGCUUCUGUGACCGGGGCCAUGCAGGACCUGCCGUCCGUGGUUGCUGGAUCGUCACCCAGAACCAAGGGGCAGAAGACCGAGGACAUCCUUGUGUCUGAUGCACAGUCCUGUGAAAUAUGCCACGAAGCGUUCAGAUCCAAAAAUGUGCGUGUGCUGAAAUGUGGGCACAAGUUCCACAAAGGGUGCUUCAAGCAGUGGCCUAAGGGGCAGGGCGCUUGCCCAGCCUGCCUGGACUGUGACCUGUCAGAAGAGUAGCCUGCCCUCCGCAGAGGCCCGCCUGCUGUUCUAGGUAGUUACAGCCACUAACAAGUCUCUACUCUUUGUUGAUGUACUACCCUUGAUGCAAAAAGCAAACACUUGAAGAUUCUUUGCACUGUCGCAAUGCUACUAAAUGGAAAUCUUUAAUAUAGUUGAGAGUAAGUCAUUCCCCAGCUCUGCUGAAACACCUUGAUAACAGCCAGAAGGUGGCUGGUCGAGCUGGUGUACCAGCACCUUUCACUGUUGGGGCUGCUGCGGAGGGGCUCUCUGAGGUGAGUGCCUCAAAGCAGGACCCGAAUUCUAAGUAUUCCUGACCUAUUAAUGUGCCCCACGUCAAAGUCUUUAUGAGAUCAGUGUUCCUGAACACAUGCCUGCAGUUUUCCUCAGAGAUUCUGCAUUUUAAAAACCGGGCUUAAGCAAACCACAUUUUAAUAAGUUGUAGUUAAUGUUAAAAUAUUGGCUGAUUUAGACCAAAAGAUUCAGCUUUCCCGUUCAUUGAUUUUGAUUUUUCAUUUCAUUAUUGUAUUUCUCCCCAGUAGAAUUGUUACGUGCUUGUUUUCCAUCUUCUGAAGACAUGAUGAUUUUUGAAAAUUAAUUACAAAACACUAGUAUCAGCUAAGACUUUUUUUUACCCCCGUAAUCAAGGCUACUGUAUAUUCAUCAUCCGAACCCCGCAUCUGGAGCUUACUCUCUGAAUACCUUACUGUACUCGUUGGUGACGUUCGUCCCUCCUCGGGUCAGACAGCAGGUGUUUGCAUAUCUCUGUCUCGCACGCAGUGGGCGCUGUGCGGAAACGGGCCCGUCAGCCCCUUUCCUUACCCCCCCACCAGAAGGGACACUUGUGUAGUUAGUCCUGAGGUGUCCCUGUCAGACGUUCGUUCUGUGCCUGACGUGUGUGUGAAGUAAUGCAUGCACUCCUGUCCUGUGGCCUGAGAACAAAACUAUAACCGCGGUAGAAGCUGUUAGAAAACUAGUUAUCUGUAGUGACUUAGAGACAGUAGUAAACAUAGAAACAUGAAUCCUGGACACAUUCCAUUUCUCCCAAGUGGGAAGGAUCAAAAAACACUUUCCCGUGUGUUCUUUGUUCCCCUCUGGAAGCUCCGAGUCCCAGGCUCGUGAGCUGACUCGAUCGCCUCCCUCUGCCUCGGUUCCUCGUGAGUUUUGAUGUCCUAGUGACGUAGUGCCUAGAAGCUCACCCCAUAUCUUGAAGCAGAUCCUUAAAACACUGUCUGCAUGUUCACAGUAACCGAGGACCGUGGGUCUGAAGAUGCAUAGGGACGAGUUUGUAGCAGCAGGUACCAGGGAGGGAGGAGCGGCUGGACAGUGCGAGGUGUUUUGUACGUGACUUCAAGCGUAGUUGUGAACAUGCCUUACCCGUGUCCUCUAAGUGUCAAAAUAAAGAGUAUUCUAAAAUGA